AUGUCAACACUAACCUCCCACCUCCCCUGGACCGUCUCCCCCCUCCUCAUCAACGCCCCCAUGUCCGGCUUCGCAGGCGGCCAUCUCGCCGCCGCCGUCUCGCUCGCCGGCGGCCUGGGCUUAAUCGGCGGAGUAAGAGAUAUGCGCGAGGUACGGCGGGAACUCGACAUUGCUGCUGAAUUACUCGGCCAGACACGCGGAGAAGGGACGAUGAAGGUGGGCGUGGGGUUCCUGCCGUUUGCGAUGGAGUUGGCCGAGGUGCUGGAUGUGGUGAGAGAGUAUAAGCCAGCGGUUGUGUGGCUGUUUGCGGCGAAGACGCUGGGGGCGUAUAAGGAGUGGGUUGAUGCGGUAAGGAGUGUUUCGCCGGAGAUUAGGGUGUGGGUGCAGUUGGGGAGUGUAGCUGCUGCGAUGGAGGUGGCGAGGGAGGCGACACCAGAUGUGCUUUGUUUGCAGGGUGCGGAUGCAGGGGGCCAUGGGUUUGAGAAGGGUGCUUCGAUUGUUUCGCUGGUGCCCGAGGCGACAAAUGCGUUGGCUGCGGCGGGUUUUGCGGAUAUUGCGCUCGUGGCUUCGGGGGGGAUUGUAGAUGGGAGGGGUGUUGCGGCUGCGCUGGCGCUGGGGGCGCAGGGUGUGGUGAUGGGGACGAGGUUUUUGGCGUCGAGCGAGGUCAAGGUACAUCCGAAGUAUCAGGCUGCAAUUCUGGAGGCGCAGGAUGGUGGGCAGGUGACUACGCGGUCGAAAUUGUUUGAUCAGUUGCGAGGUCCGAAUAUAUGGCCUGAGUUAUAUGAUGGACGAGGCUUGGUUGCGCAGAGUCACAGGGAUUUUGCGAGCGGGAUGAGUCUGGAGGAGAUUCAAAAAUUGCACAAUCAGGAGGUUGCAGGCGAAGACAAAGGAUACGAUACAGGACUGCAAGGCCGUGCGGCGAUAUGGGCAGGUACAGGCGUGGGGUUAGUGAAUGAAGUUCAGAGUGCCAAAGAUAUCGUGGAUAAGAUCCGGAAAGAGACAAAAGAUGUUUUGCUUCGAGUAGCAAACGUGUAA